UGGUACCUGUUACACAUAUUCAGUUUAUUUGUUAAACCUUGGUGAAGCCAUGCAGAGCCAGUGUAACGCAAAUAAUUAAUGGCAAAAACUUGAAAAUCAAUUGGUGCAAUUAUGCAAAUAUAUGACAGCUGUGAAAAUAAAAACAAAGUUUUAAUUUAAUUGUAUUGUAUAGUAUUGUAUUGUCACUUUUUUCUCAGGCCAUUCUGUUGCUAUCCCUUUGACACCCCUGGCAUACCACAACAACAUAACAAUUUUUUAAAAUAUUUUUUUUGUAAUUGAAUUUUAUUUUUAAACUGCAUGCACAUCAUGGUAAUUGUCAGUUGCUAAGCACACACUUUUCUUUCUUUGCUGUUUUUGCAGUUCCCAUGACAUUGUCUGUUUGUCUGACAGGUCAGGAUAUUGUUGCAUGGAUCACAAAAAAUAUGAACAUGGACAAUGAUGAGGCUCAAUCAUUUAGCACAAUGUUAGUGGCCUUCAGGUAUGUCUACCUUCUGCAGGACCACAGAAAGCUUGGCCUCAGACCAGACGGCAGUUUGUACCGCUUUCAGACCCUCUAUUUCUGGCCUGUGCAGAAAUGGAAGGCUGAGGACACUGAUUAUGCAAUCUAUCUGGCAAUGAGAAACAUUCGAAAAAAGGGAGUGCUUGAUGCUUAUGAGCAGGAGGAAUACAACAAACUUCACAAAUGGAUGAACCACAAAUGGGAAUUUAUUGUGAUGCAAGCUAAAGAGCAGUACCAUGCCGGGAAGACAUGCCAGAAGGCAGACAGAGUUGUGUUUGACUGUCAGGAAAGAGCCUACUGGAUUGUCCACAGGCCUCCACCACAAACUCACAGUGCUAUGGAUUACGGCCUGGAUCGUCACAUUGAUCCUAAUGUGGAGGAGGUAACUGUGAGGCCCACCUGCAGCAAAACAUGAGGAACCGCAGGCCCAGCAUCAGCCCCAUCAUCACCUGUCAGAAGCAGCAGGAAGAGAAAGCAAAAGCAGCAGCCGCAGCUGGACCCGUAGACAUUAAAAAACUGAUGGCCAGCAAACUAGAUCGCAAAUAGAAAGCUGGAGACAGAAAUAUACAUGCUGCGAAUGAUUUACAGAUCCAUUACAAGG